UGCUCAGCCUCCCGGGCAAAGCUGCCAAAAUUCUCCUCUGCUGCUGCAGCUCGAAACUUGGCUGGAGGCCGGUAGUGAGAAGAGAUCUAGGGCUACUUCAACAAAACUUUCUUGAGUCCUUCCUGCUCUCCCUGCCUGCUUUCCCUAUCUCUCUUUCUCUCUCUUUCUCUCUCUCCCCUCCCUCCCUUCCCCCAACUCGGAUGAUAUUCACAUGGUACUUUGCACAGAGGAGGCUGGUCAAGGAGAGGGUACCCACCCCCACCCCAAAAUAAGUCUGUUUUCCUUCCUUCCUCUUCCCCCUCUUUUUCACUUCUUUUGGUUGGAAAGACAAAAUGUGCAGGGUGAUAGCCUGGGUGAAUUGAUGGCAUCCCCUUCUCUGCCAAGUCCGUUCGUUUUUCUAAAAAACCCGUUUUAGGAAAGUUAGAGGAUUUCAUUCUGUUGGAGAUUAUAACUGGUGUUGCCUGCAAAGAGGGCAAAGCAGAGAGGAAUACGGGAAUCGUCCAGUGCAAUCUCUAUUGUUUGAAACUAACUUUAUAUCAGAAAUUGAAGAUGAAAACGGUAAAGACAUGGGCAAAGUUCAGUAACUACCCACUCUAACAUCUUACUGAUAUCCUAAGGAUUUUUACAAAAAUGCUUAUUUUUAAACUGAGAAAAUGACUACAGUUAUAGAAGAAAGUGCAGGUUGUUGGAAAAGAGUGCCUGUCAAAAAGUGGAGCAUCCAAUAAUUAGCUUGGAAGUAAGAUAAAAUUAAUAUACCUGUUAUGGUGCGAUUCUGGAGUGGAGUUAACUCUAUAGCACAUAGGUAGCCCUCCAAAGAAAAACAAACUUUCAUUUUUUUUCUAAAUUAUGGAAAUUUUGUGGAAGACGUUGACCUGGAUUUUGAGCCUAGUCAUGGCUUCAUCGGAAUUUCACAGUGACAACAGGCUUUCAUAUAGUUCUCAAGAGGAAUUCCUGUCAUACCUUGAACACUACCAACUAACAAUCCCAAUAAGGGUUGAUCAAAAUGGAGCCUUCCUCAGCUUUACUGUGAAAAAUGCUAAACCCUCAAGGAGGAGGAGGAGAAGUACAGACUCUUAUGACCAAGAACUGGCAGCAUCUAAAUUAUUUUUUAAACUUUCUGCCUAUGGCAAGCACUUUCAUUUAAACCUGACUCUCAACACAGAUUUGGUGUCCAAACACUUUACAGUAGAAUACUGGGGGAAAGAUGGACCUCAAUGGAAACAUGAUUUUUUAGACCACUGUCAUUACACAGGAUAUUUGCAAGACCAGCAUAGUACAACUAAAGUGGCCUUAAGCAACUGCAAUGGUCUGCAUGGUGUUAUUGCUACAGAAGAUGAAGAGUAUUUUAUUGAACCUUUAAGGAAUAUAACUGAAAAUUCCAAUAAUUUUAGUUAUGAAAAUGGUCAUCCUCAUGUUAUUUACAAAAAGUCUACCAUGUACCAACGACAUCUCUAUGAUCACACUCACUGUGGUGUCUCAGAAGACCUCACAAGAAGGAGUAAACCUGGGUGGAUGAGUGACACAUCUGCUUUUCCAACUUCACUUCCAAAUAAUGACACAUUAAGUAGUCACAGUCGACAGAAGAGAUCAGUAAGCAUUGAACGGUUUGUGGAGACGCUGGUAGUAGCAGACAAAAUGAUGGUGGGAUACCAUGGUCGCAAAGACAUUGAGCAUUACAUUUUGAGUGUAAUGAAUAUUGUUGCCAAACUUUAUCGUGAUUCCAGUCUUGGAAACGUUGUGAAUAUUAUAGUGACACGGCUGAUUGUUCUUACCGAAGAUCAGCCAAACUUGGAGAUAAACCACCAUGCAGACAAGUCCCUCGAUAGCUUCUGUAAGUGGCAGAAAUCCAUUCUCUCCCACCAAAGUGAUGGAAACACCAUUCCAGAAAAUGGGAUUGCUCACCAUGAUAAUGCGGUUCUUAUUACUAGAUACGAUAUCUGCACUUAUAAAAACAAGCCCUGUGGAACAUUGGGCUUGGCCUCUGUGGCUGGAAUGUGUGAGCCUGAAAGGAGCUGCAGCAUUAAUGAAGACAUUGGCCUAGGUUCAGCUUUUACCAUUGCACAUGAGAUUGGUCACAAUUUUGGCAUGAACCAUGAUGGAAUUGGAAAUUCUUGUGGGACCAAAGGUCAUGAAGCAGCAAAGCUUAUGGCAGCUCACAUUACAGCAAACACCAACCCCUUUUCUUGGUCAGCCUGUAGCCGGGACUACAUCACCAGCUUUUUAGAUUCGGGCCGUGGUACUUGCCUUGAUAAUGAGCCUCCCAAGCGUGACUUUCUUUAUCCAGCUGUGGCCCCAGGUCAGGUGUACGAUGCUGAUGAACAGUGUCGCUUCCAGUAUGGAGCAACAUCCCGCCAAUGUAAAUAUGGGGAAGUGUGUAGAGAGCUCUGGUGCCUCAGCAAGAGUAACCGCUGUGUUACCAACAGCAUUCCAGCAGCUGAGGGUACUCUCUGCCAGACAGGGAGCAUUGAGAAAGGGUGGUGUUAUCAGGGAGAGUGCGUACCUUUUGGCACUUGGCCCCAGAGCAUAGAUGGGGGUUGGGGUCCGUGGUCAAUAUGGGGAGAGUGCAGCAGGACCUGCGGGGGAGGAGUCUCCUCAUCCAUAAGACACUGUGACAGUCCAGCACCUUCAGGUGGAGGAAAAUACUGUCUUGGAGAAAGGAAACGUUAUCGCUCCUGUAAUACAGAUCCGUGUCCUUCAGGGUCCCGUGAUUUUCGAGAAAAACAAUGUGCAGACUUUGACAAUAUGCCUUUCCGUGGAAAAUAUUAUAACUGGAAACCCUACACUGGAGGUGGGGUUAAACCAUGUGCAUUAAACUGUUUGGCUGAAGGUUACAACUUUUACACUGAACGUGCCCCUGCAGUAAUAGAUGGAACUCAAUGCAAUGUUGAUUCACUGGAUAUCUGCAUCAAUGGAGAAUGCAAGCAUGUAGGUUGUGAUAAUAUUUUGGGUUCUGAUGCUAAGGAGGAUAGAUGUCGUGUAUGUGGAGGAGAUGGGAGCACAUGUGAAGCCAUUGAAGGUUUCUUCAAUGAUUCAUUGCCCAGAGGAGGGUACAUGGAAGUUGUUCAAAUUCCAAGAGGCUCAGUUCAUAUUGAAAUAAAAGAAGUAGCAAUUUCAAAGAACUACAUUGCUUUAAAAUCUGAAGAGGAUGACUACUAUAUUAAUGGUGCCUGGACUAUUGACUGGCCUAGAAAGUUUGAUGUUGCUGGGACAGCUUUCCAUUACAAGAGACCAACAGAUGAACCUGAAUCUUUGGAAGCUUUAGGCCCCACGUCAGAAAAUCUGAUAGUCAUGAUUUUACUACAGGAACAGAAUUUGGGGCUAAGGUAUAAAUUUAAUGUUCCCAUCUCUCGCACUGGAAGUGGAGACAAUGAAGUUGGCUUUGCAUGGAAUCACCUGCCCUGGUCAGAAUGUUCUGCCACGUGUGCUGGAGGUACACAGAAACAAGAGGUAGUGUGUAAAAGGCUGGAUGACAACUCCAUUGUACAGAACAAUUACUGUGACCCUGAGAGUAAGCCACCAGAAAACCAAAGAACCUGCAACACUGAGCCUUGCCCACCUGAAUGGUUUAUAGGAGAUUGGUCAGAAUGUAGUAAGACCUGUGAUGGUGGAAUGCGUUCACGGACUGUUCUCUGUAUCAGAAAGAUUGGACCUUCUGAGGAGGAGACACUGGACAAUGCCAACUGUUUAACACACAGGCCUAUCGAAAAAGAACCCUGUAACAAUCAGUCUUGUCCACCUCAGUGGGUCGCUUUGGACUGGUCAGAAUGCACUCCAAAAUGUGGUCCAGGAUUCAAGCAUCGAAUUGUUCUGUGCAAAAGCAGUGACCUUUCAAAAACAUUUUCAGCUGCACAAUGUCAAGAGGAAAGCAAGCCUCCAGUCCGCAUCCGUUGUAGUUUAGGCCGGUGUCCACCUCCUCGCUGGGUUACUGGAGACUGGGGACAGUGUUCUGCACAGUGUGGGUUAGGACAACAAAUGCGAACGGUGCAGUGCCUCUCAUACACUGGACAAGCAUCGAGUGAGUGUCCAGAAACUCUUCGACCUCCAUCAAUGCAACAGUGUGAAAGCAAAUGUGACAGUACUCCCAUUUCCAACACGGAAGAGUGCAAAGAUGUGAACAAAGUGGCUUAUUGCCCCCUGGUACUGAAGUUCAAGUUCUGCAGCCGAGCAUACUUCAGACAGAUGUGCUGUAAGACCUGCCAAGGACACUGACCCACAGAAAGUGAGAGAGAGAGAGUGCCUUGUUAUAUCAUUGUGGAAAUGUGUCCAUCAAAGAGAGCCACACAGCGGAAUGAGAUUGACGUCCUUGCAAAUGCAUUACCCUGUGGAAAACGUAACCACUGGUCAGCCCCAGCUGACAGGAUUUCAAUAUUAUUUUAACUUCUGUGAAGUGGGAUUUAUUCAUCCAAAGUGCUGGACACAGUAUAAGGAGGGCAUGCCAAAUUGGAAAGAUCCACACAACACAUCUAGAAUAGCUUACUGUGGAACAUUUGUGUUCUUUUGACUAAAUCCAGUAGUCUGUUUACCUCCUUGGACCAUUAAAAUAAUUUUUAUUAUGGACUUAGCAAUGACACUGAAUCCAUUUGUAUUUAAAACUGUUCAAAAUGUAGCUGUUAUGACCUGGUCUACUAUGGAAGUAAUGAAGAAUCAAAAAUCUUAAGACAUAGCUUAAAAAUUUUAUCUAUUUUAUCUCACUACACAGCACCACAACUUAAAUUAUAAAAUGAGCUUGGACAUGUUAUUUAAGGAGCAGUUAUAAAUCAGAAGUAAAGAAAAUUGUAUUUUUCUUUCAUUACAGCUAAUUCCCUUAGGAAUAAUCCAUAUUUCCUGAACGCUGCUGUGAGCCAUAAAUAAACAGAACAACCAUGAGGGACUUAGUUUUAAGAGGUGCAACAGUUAUUGCAGUGGUGCAUGACAUACAAGUGUGCUAUGAAAUGAAAUCCAUGUUGCAGGUUUAUAGCCAUCUUGCCAUUGUACAAGUGAAGCUGAGAUUUCCACUAAAAGGGAAAAAACAUUUCAAUACAAUGGUGAAGCCAGACUCCAAUAGUGGUGAAGAACAUAUUGCCAAGUACUUCGCUACCACUGCACAGGGUGCCUAAGGCUCACAUUUUGACUCCAGCUCACUAUUGUUUACAUCACUAGCCAUAAAGAGGCAUCAGUUUUAUUGAUAUCUAGUUGUGUUUUACACAUUGCUUUCUACUCACUAUCACCAAGAAGUUCCAGUGCAAAAGAUAAACCUACUAUAUAAUAAUAAGGCAGACCCUCUGCAAACUUUGCUGACAGUUGCAAUGAGUUCCAGAUGUUCCUUCCUUUGAUACAAUAGAAGGGCAUUUAUUUAUGAGAAAGAUCAUGUGAAUGCACAGUUUUGGAGACUAUAGCAGAGGGGGGAAGGAUUACAACCAAAGAAUAAAAGACUUACAAGGUCUUUUAGGUCAUAUUACCAUUGUUUUAAUAUUCACUGAGUACUUUUUAUCAAUACUUUGAAUUUAAUUUAAAUGUGAAAUGGAACUCCUUGGGCAAGUCAUUUCCAAAAUCUAGUGUGAGUAAAUCUUAAUGUUAGGCUCCUCCUUCCCAUCACCUCUUGAUAAAAGACUCAACAAGGAGAUAAGGAAAGUGGAUACUUGUUUAUAUUAAUAUAUUGUACUUGAACACUUGCAGUUUGCAGCAGGUACUUGAUGUAUGUGCUUUUGUGUCCAGCUAUGCCUCCAUUGUUGUAGUGCAAUUAAAAUUAUGUGAAAAAAUCUUGUGUUAACACUAAAAUUGAAAUGGCACUUUUAAAAAAAGUACUCUUUCCGUGAAAUGAAUCAUUUGAAAAAAAAAAAUCACAUGAUAUCUCAGUGUGUCAGUGUAUUUAACAAAUAAUAAGCCAAAUGUGUUGCACAGUAUGUACUAAUGUGAAUUAAGAAGAAAAACAGAUAUUCUUAACAGGAUGUUUGUACUAUGAAAAGCAAACAGAAUUGACAAUCUAUAUAUGGGAUUUUGUGUUGCCCGCUUAUUCACAACCAUCAAAUUCCUGUCAUCUGCUACCUCUUGCCAGUAUUUUCACUUCCAUACACCUGUGACCAGUGGAAUUAAUUUUCAGUUGGCUAGGUAUGGCUCAUACUGGGCCAUCUGUUGUUUUCAGUCCCAUGUACACAGCUCCCACUGAUACUGGCUCCAAGAAAAUAAAAUAAAAUUUUAAAAAGUGCCAGGAGUUGUACACAUGGGGUGCUUGUAUACGUGACGGCGUUUUAGUCCUCAGGGUUGCAUUCUAUGCCCCCUAAAUUGAAAUGGUGAAUUUUUAAUUGAAACGAUGGGGUUUUUUUCCCCAUCACUCUAUAUAUAUUAUUGUCCUGGUGGCUGCAGGUGCCUGGUGAAGGCAGAAGCAGCGAGGAGCCCAAUCUUUUUUUUUUUUUUUAUUGUCAGAGCCUGUCUGUCUCUCUUGCAGCUGGGGGGCCAUUAAUCUGUGCCAUUAAUCUGUCAGCUCACCCCUUGGCCAUGGGAGAGGUGAGCAGGCUCUGCAGAAAAAAAGGAUUGAGUCCUCACCGCUUCUGCCUUCAGCAGGCUCCUGUGACCUGCAGGACACCUAGUGCUGCCUGGGAAUGGACUGGCUUGCUCCUGAGGCAGUGCAGGGAUGUGGCAGUAGGGUGGCUGGCUGUGCUGAUGGCCAGAGAAGGCAGUGGGGAUGGUGCACAGGGCACUGGAAGCCUGGGCAGGCUCAGGGAAGUGAGCAGUCCGCCUGAGUGGCCCCACACCUCAUGCACCAUCCCUGCCACCUUCUCUAACCAACCUCCUGUCACUUCCCAGUGCUGCCCCAGGGGCAAGACAACCUGUUUCCCAGCAGCCCCAGUCAUCCUGCUGGCUGCAGAAGCCUGUCAAAGGCAGAAGUGGCAAGGGGCCUGAUGGUUUUUUUCUGUGGAGCUUGCCUGCUUCUCCCACAGCUGGGGGGUGAACUCACUAAUAGUGGCAAUGUUCCAAGUUGCAACAUUGCAAACUGAACUACAUCAGGAUGUAGCUUAGUUUGCAACAAUGCAAACUCAUUUGUACCCCCCACCCCAAACUCAUGUACAUGUAAUGUGUAACACCAUUAAGCCACACAAGGGAACAUUUUUGUCACAUGUACAUCAUGGCAGUCACAUGUACAAGCACCCAUGGAUAAAGGGCAGUAUAUACAUCUUAGCCAGUGAGUGAAUGACCUUUAUACAUCCUUUUCAGAGAACACCACGGUGCUAGCAUGCCUUGGCUAAGUCAAAAUACAAUAAAAGGGAAAGGUGUUACCAUGGCAUUCUCCAAGAAAGAUACCUCUUUAUAUCAGGGUCUGCUUUUCUCCAGGGCAUAAUUGUGUUUAUUAGCUAAUGUGUCUUUUCAACCAACAAGAAAGUGUUGCUUUUAAGUGCAUUAAAAAAAGAUUUUUUUUACCUCACUUAGGACAUUAAAAUUGCAAGGAGUGUUUCCACAGACACAUUUUGCUCUCUAACUGGUGCUAAAACACUAGGGAGUCUAAUGUUUACGCUGCAACAUAAAACAGCACUGAGGUUGGAAUUUAAGGAUCUCCCUGGAGCAACAUAGAAUUGCAUUGUUAAAGGGAACAAAGCACAGAAUGUAUUUGGAUUUACAAACUAACCAACACUUCAGACUAAGACAUGAAAAUAAAACUUAACUGAAAGGAAAAGAAACAUCAUUGGUUUCUACAGCACAGUUCAUUGCUGCUGCUACACUGUAGCCACCUAUGUAAUCUAAGCUAAAUAAUGUUAUAUUCCUAAAUAGUGACAAUAGGACUAUUGGCGUAUAGACUAUUGGCAAAUCGAAUAGUAGAGUACUAAAUACAAAGAGCAAUCUGGUGCCAGGACUUCCAUUCAACAAUACCAUCAAAUGAGACAGAUCAAACGAAAAGGAAAAAAAUCUAUACAUAAAUCCCUCAUGGUGUAUACACCCAGAAAUAGUCCAUUUCAUUAGGAAUUUUAUUAAUGGAGUGAAUGUCACAUAGAUAUCCUUAAUAAUACAGACUGAAAUUACCUUUGUAUUAUUGUGAUUAGUUGCUUAUUAUUUUAUACUCAGUAUUAAUGUGGUACACUGUUACUUUAUUAUUUUUGCUUUUGUAAAUUAUAUUCUAAUUUAUUGUCAUGUUUCCUAACACUUGUUCUACAUGCAUUCUCCUGCUUGUAAUAAAAACAAAAAUAUUGUAACACUUGAUGCAGUGAAAUUCCACACCAGGCACAGAUUUGUUUUUAACAUAGAUACUUUAGUAAAAUAAAACUGCAGCUUUUAAGAAUGA